UUUUUUUCCCUUCCAAAUUUAGAAUAUUUAAUUAUUUAUUAAAUUUUUGUUUGAAAAUUUAACCAUUUAUGAAUUAUGCUAUUCUCUUUGCACUAAGCCCAUGUCGAAAAACUGAUUUUUCUCUCCCUUCUUUUUGUUUCAAUUUUUAUUGGGAAUUUAAAUUUUCACUCUUACUUAAAAUUUUAUUAAAAAAAUUGAAAUUUCGUCUUCUUUCAGUUGAUACGUUCAGUUACCUAUAGCUUAGCUAUUGCUCCGUUUCUUUUAAUAGAAACAUUUAAAAAAAAAAAAAAAAACUGAAAUUUUCUCGAGAUAAUUUCAGCUCCAUAUGCUUUUCUCGUGAACCAAACAGUCCACGUUAAUUACUAUUACAUCCCAAAAUGCCUUUGGUUCGGCGAAAAAAGCCUGCCGAAACAGAGAAGAAUUCUGGGUCGGAAUCCGAAUCCAAUAUAAACCAACACGUAAAGCCCGAAAAGGAAAGAGAAGAAGAAACCAUUGACAAGAAGAAUGGAAGAGUGAAGGAAAAUAUUAGGAAGAAGAAGAGGGGGUGGUCUUGCGUGGACAGCUGUUAUUGGUUGAUAGGGUUCGUGUGCACAGUAUGGUGGGUGGUGGUGUUGCUUUACAAUGCUAUGCCUUCAUCAUUGCCUCAAUACGUGACUGAGAAGAUCACCGGGCCGAUGCCGGACCCCCCGGGUUUGAAGCUGAAGAAGGAAGGGCUGAUAGCGAAGCACCCGGUGGUUUUCGUGCCGGGAAUUGUGACCGGCGGGCUUGAAUUGUGGGAAGGGCAUCAGUGUGCUGAAGGGUUGUUCAGGAAAAGGCUGUGGGGUGGUACCUUUGGAGAAUUGUAUAAGAGACCUCUAUGCUGGGUAGAGCACAUAUCACUGGACAAUGAAACUGGAUUAGAUCCUCCCGGCAUAAGGAUCCGACCUGUAACUGGACUUGUGGCUGCUGAUUACUUUGCUCCAGGCUAUUUUGUGUGGGCAGUUUUAAUUGCUAACUUGGCUCGCAUUGGUUAUGAAGAGAAGAACAUGUAUAUGGCUGCAUAUGAUUGGAGAAUCUCAUUUCAGAAUACUGAGGUGCGGGACCAAACUUUAAGCCGGAUAAAAAGUAACAUAGAAUCGAUGGUUGCUACCAGUGGGGAAAAGGCAGUUAUACUUCCACAUUCAAUGGGUGUACUGUAUUUUCUGCAUUUUAUGAAGUGGGUUGAGGAGCCAGCACCAAAGGGUGGAGGGGGGGGGCCAGACUGGUGUUCUAAGCAUAUAAAGGCGGUGAUGAACAUUGGUGGACCAUUUUUGGGUGUUCCAAAAGCUGUUUCUGGGCUUUUCUCUGCUGAAGCUAAGGAUAUUGCAGUUGCCAGGGCCAUUGCACCAGGUUUCUUGGACAGUGAUCUGUUUCGUUUUCAAACAUUGCAACAUGUAAUGAGGACAAGUCGCUCAUGGGACUCAACAAUGUCAAUGAUACCAAAAGGUGGGGACACGAUAUGGGGUGAUCUUGACUGGUCACCAGAGGAAGGCUAUGUUACUAGCAAGAGAAGGCAAAGAGAUAAUGAUACACAGUCAGAAAGGCAUAGUGCAACCGGAAAUCCGGGUUCUCAAACUAAAAGUGUUAAAUAUGGAAGGAUUAUAUCAUUUGGGAAAGACGUGGCAGAGGCACCCUUAUCUGAGAUUGAGAGGAUUGACUUUCUGGAUGCCAUUAAGGGUAAUAAUGUUGUAAAUAAUUCCUGUCAUGAUGUGUGGACUGAAUACCAUGACAUGGGAAUUGAGGGUAUCAGAGCUGUUGCGGAUCAUAAAGUUUACACUGCGGGAUCAGUUUUAGAUCUGCUUAAUUUUGUUGCUCCAAAAAUGAUGGCACGUGGCAGCGCUCAUUUCUCUUAUGGAAUUGCUGACAAUUUGGAUGAUCCAAAGUACAAACACUAUAAAUAUUGGUCAAAUCCCUUGGAGACAAGAUUGCCCAAUGCUCCUGACAUGGAAAUAUAUUCUAUGUAUGGAGUUGGCUUACCAACUGAAAGAUCUUAUGUUUACAAGUUAUCCCCCACUGCUGAAUGCAACAUUCCAUUUCAGAUUGAUACUUCAGCUGAUAGUGAAGAUGAAGAUGGCUGUCUGAAAGAUGGAGUCUAUCAUGUGGAUGGUGAUGAGACUGUGCCUGUUUUAAGUGCAGGCUUCAUGUGCGCGAAAGGAUGGCGUGGGAAAACAAGAUUUAAUCCUUCAGGAAGCCGAACAUACGUUAGGGAGUAUGAUCAUUCUCCUCCAGCCAAUCUGCUAGAGGGCAGGGGCACCCAAAGUGGAGCUCAUGUUGAUAUAAUGGGAAAUUUUGCUUUGAUUGAGGACAUUUUAAGGGUGGCUGCUGGAGCUACAGGGGAAGACUUGGGGGGUGAUCGGGUUUACUCUGACAUCUUCAAAUGGUCUGAGAAGAUCAACUUGCAACUGUAAUUGCAACUGGUGUAUACUCUUAGCCUUUCAAUGAUUAUUAAAAAAAAAAAUCAAACCUAUACAUCUCAUACGCAUGUUAAUUAAAAUCACAUUCUGUGAUCUUGAUUAUAAUUUCUUCUCCCCUUUUUUCCCAGAUAUUAUUAUUUGGUGAGACUCGAAGACACA